AUGAUCUUUGCCGAGUAUCUGGUUUUAUCUUCCUUAGUGCUAGGAGUGCAGUUAUUUCUGCACCAGACUCAGCGGAUCCAGUUUGUUGAAGUUAGUGACACCGCAAAGAUCCACUGUUCUUCCAAAGAAAACUUGGAAGGAGGAAGUAGCAUGUUUUGGUAUUUGAGAAGCGAAGGUGAGACACCCACCUGCAUUAAGCGCUGUUUGGAUGAUCAGAAUGUAAGUAAAUUUGCUUGCAAACACGAGACACACCGCUCGACCCUGGAAAUCAGCAACGUCCAAAAGAAUGACUCUGGCAUUUACUACUGUGCAUAUAAAUAUAGCAGCUACCUGCUUUUCGGGAAUGGAUCCACGCUGCUUGUUGGAGACAGUUAUACCAACAGCAGCUGGGUGAUGCUUCUGGUCCCAUUUCCACAUGGCAGUCAAGUCACUGAGACAGCGAAUCUGGCUUGUGUGAUCUAUGGAGUGUCGAGCCCAGUCCAUGUUUCCUGGAGUGUUUCUGGGGAGCUGCAGGAACAGGGGCUGACGCGUUCAUUGAGAGCAAGGGAUGGAUCUUUAACGCUCAUAAAUCACAUCAGCGUCCCCGUGGACACCUGGACCAGUGGGAAGAAUUUCACCUGUGAAGUCAAAUUCAACUCUUCUGGCAACAGUGUGAAGAAAAAUACCAGGUAUCCUGCAGCCACUUGUGUCUGUUCUUUUGCUUCCUCCACAGCCCCUGCCAGCGAGUGCUCACAUUACAUUGUGCCCCUUGCGGCUGGUGCUGGUCUGCUGCUGCUGGUGAUGUCUCUGAGCCUCAUCUGGACCCUCUGCCCUUCCACGCUAGGAUUCCAGCCCAGGAUCUCAGCACCUCCAGCUUCAGAGGAGCACCAGGGUGGGAUCUUAUACGCUCAUCUGGAUUUUGAUUCGCGGAAUCGCAACGGGCGCACGAUGCAGCGAUCGGCCAGAGGGAAAAGCACAAAACCCUGA